CUUCACCCAGAGUAACGUUAGUGUCCUAGCAAGUGAUGCUGUCGGAGACGGGAGCCGGGCUCGGAGGAGGCACCGCCGCCGCGGCCGCCGGGCGGGAGAGCCUUCUCCAGCACCAGCGCCCCACUCGGCCCCGGGCUUCCUCCGCGCAGCCACAGCCGCGGCGGCCGCUCCCACGGUUUCAUGGUGGGCGGCAGCGGCGGCGACUGGGUUUCGGCUGCCGCCUCUGACUGCUCGGCGUCUCCCCGCGCCGUUCUCUCCUGCAGACUUCCCGCCCGGGGCUGCCGGGGUUUGCCGGAGGGGCCGGCGGCGGGGAAGGGGUGCCGCGGCCAGACCGCGCGGCGGCGGCGGGCAGCCGGCAUCCCCGCGCUCCGACCGCGGCGGGCGCGAUGUCCACCAAGGUCAGGAAGUGCAAGGAGCAAGCGAGGGUGACCUUCCCCACGCCGGAGGAGGAGGAAGAGGAGGAGGAGGAGGAGGAGGAGGGUGAGGAGGAAGGCUCGGAGCCGCAGCGCCGCCGGCGGGGCUGGAGGGGCGUCAACGGGGGGCUGGAGCCGCGCUCGGCGCCCUCACAGCGGGAAGCGCACAGCUACUGCCCGCAGCGCUUCUCCCCCGGGCUGGACAUGUCCAUGGAGGGAAGCCCAUCUCUGAGGCGCAAGACAGUGAUGCGGGAGAAGGGCCGGCGCCAGGCCGUCCGGGGCCCUGCUUUCAUGUUCAAUGACCGGGGUACCAGCCUCACAGCCGAGGAAGAGCGCUUCCUCGACGCUGCCGAGUACGGCAACAUCCCCGUGGUGCGCAAGAUGCUGGAGGAGUCCAAGACGUUGAACGUCAACUGCGUGGACUACAUGGGCCAGAACGCGCUGCAGCUGGCCGUGGGUAACGAGCACCUGGAGGUGACAGAGCUGCUGCUCAAGAAGGAAAACCUGGCGCGAAUCGGCGACGCCCUGCUGCUUGCCAUCAGCAAGGGCUACGUGCGCAUAGUGGAAGCUAUCCUCAACCACCCCGGCUUCGCAGCCAGCAAGCGCCUGACACUGAGCCCCUGUGAGCAGGAGCUGCAGGACGACGACUUCUAUGCUUACGACGAGGACGGCACACGCUUCUCUCCCGACAUCACGCCCAUCAUCCUGGCGGCGCACUGCCAGAAGUACGAGGUGGUGCAUAUGCUACUGAUGAAGGGUGCCAGGAUCGAGCGGCCACACGACUAUUUUUGCAAGUGCGGAGAUUGCAUGGAGAAGCAGAGGCACGACUCUUUCAGCCACUCACGCUCGAGGAUCAAUGCCUACAAGGGGCUGGCCAGCCCAGCGUACCUGUCCUUGUCUAGCGAGGACCCAGUGCUCACCGCCUUGGAGCUCAGCAAUGAGUUGGCCAAGCUGGCCAACAUAGAGAAGGAGUUCAAGAAUGACUACCGGAAGCUCUCCAUGCAAUGUAAAGACUUUGUAGUGGGUGUGCUGGAUCUUUGCCGAGACUCAGAAGAGGUAGAAGCCAUUCUGAAUGGAGAUCUGGAAUCAGCAGAGCCCCUAGAGGUACACAGGCAUAAAGCUUCACUGAGUCGUGUCAAACUUGCUAUUAAGUAUGAAGUCAAAAAGUUUGUGGCUCACCCCAACUGCCAGCAGCAGCUCUUGACAAUCUGGUAUGAGAACCUCUCAGGCCUGCGGGAACAGACCAUAGCUAUCAAGUGUCUGGUUGUGCUGGUGGUGGCCUUGGGCCUUCCAUUUCUUGCCAUCGGCUACUGGAUUGCACCUUGCAGCAGGCUGGGGAAAAUUCUGCGAAGCCCUUUCAUGAAGUUUGUGGCACAUGCUGCUUCUUUCAUCAUCUUCCUGGGCCUGCUUGUGUUCAAUGCCUCAGACAGGUUCGAAGGCAUCACCACGCUGCCAAACAUCACUGUUAUUGACUAUCCCAAGCAGAUCUUCAGGGUGAAAACCACCCAGUUCACUUGGACUGAGAUGCUAAUUAUGGUCUGGGUUCUUGGAAUGAUGUGGUCUGAGUGUAAGGAGCUCUGGCUGGAAGGACCUAGAGAAUAUAUUUUGCAGUUGUGGAAUGUGCUGGACUUUGGGAUGCUUUCCAUCUUCAUUGCUGCUUUCACAGCCAGAUUUCUAGCUUUCCUUCAGGCAACAAAAGCACAACAGUAUGUGGACAGUUAUGUCCAAGAGAGUGACCUCAGUGAAGUUACACUUCCACCAGAGAUACAAUAUUUCACUUAUGCCAGAGAUAAAUGGCUCCCUUCUGACCCUCAGAUCAUAUCUGAAGGCCUCUACGCCAUUGCUGUUGUGCUCAGUUUCUCUCGGAUCGCAUAUAUCCUCCCUGCAAAUGAGAGCUUUGGCCCCUUACAGAUCUCUCUUGGAAGGACUGUGAAGGAUAUAUUCAAGUUCAUGGUCCUCUUUAUUAUGGUGUUUCUUGCCUUUAUGAUUGGCAUGUUCAUACUUUAUUCUUACUACCUUGGGGCUAAAGUAAAUGCUGCUUUUACCACUGUAGAAGAAAGUUUCAAGACACUGUUUUGGUCAAUAUUUGGGUUGUCUGAAGUCACUUCUGUUGUGCUCAAAUACGAUCACAAAUUCAUAGAGAAUAUUGGCUACGUUCUGUAUGGAAUAUACAAUGUAACUAUGGUGGUCGUUUUACUCAACAUGUUAAUUGCUAUGAUUAAUAGCUCAUAUCAAGAAAUUGAGGAUGACAGUGACGUAGAAUGGAAGUUUGCCCGUUCAAAACUUUGGUUAUCUUAUUUUGAUGAUGGAAAAACAUUACCUCCACCCUUCAGUCUAGUUCCUAGUCCAAAGUCAUUUGUUUAUUUCGUCAUGAGGAUCAUUAACUUCUCUAAAUGCAGAAGGAGCCGGCUACAGAAGGAUAUAGAAAUGGGAAUGGGUAACUCCAAGUCCAGGUUUACAAAGUGCUUUGCUGUACAUUUGAACCUCAUGCAACACUGUGAGUUAAACCUCUUCACUCAGUCUAACUCAAGAGUUUUUGAAUCACACAGUUUUAACAGCAUUCUCAACCAGCCAACACGUUAUCAGCAGAUAAUGAAAAGACUUAUAAAGCGAUAUGUUCUGAAAGCACAAGUGGACAAGGAAAACGAUGAAGUUAAUGAAGGUGAAUUAAAAGAAAUCAAACAAGAUAUCUCCAGCCUUCGUUAUGAACUUUUAGAGGACAAGAGCCAAGCAACUGAGGAAUUAGCCGUUCUGAUUCAUAAACUCAGUGAGAAACUGAAUCCUAGCAUGCUGAGAUGUGAAUGAUUCAGUAACCUGGAAUAAUGGCUUUGACUAUAGCACAAAUGUGGGCAAUAAUAUUUCUAAGUAUGAAAUACUUGAAAAACUGUGGUGUAAAUUUUUAGUUUUAACUGCCUUUAUCAUGUGAAUCUUUAAAAGUUAGGUCUUAAUGAUUUUACUGUUUUAUCACAUGAAAAUGGUCUUCAUUUUGAUUGUCUGCCUUGACAUUAUAAACAAUGACAUGCCAUUGUAUUUAAAGGCCCAGUAUUAUUACAUUACUGACAUUUUCGUCCACUUUAGAAUAAACUCUAUGUCUUUGCACUACCUGUUUGCCUCCAAGAGACCGUAAGCUCCUUGGGGACAGGGACCAUGUCUUAUUCAUCUUUGUGUCUCCAGCAUCUAGUACAGUGCCUGGUACAUAGUAGGUGCUCAAUAAAUGUUGAACCCAACUGAACUGAACUGCCAACAAAAUACAAAUAAAAAUAAAAAGGUCAUCACUAUGUAGCAUUCCUUCCGUUGUCCAAAUGCUGAAGACAUUUAAAAAAAAAUAGAAACAUGAAAUUUUAUAACUGGCUAUGACUUGGUAAGAUUUUCUUAGAAUUUUUGGCAUCACUCAUAAUCCUAGAACCUUUGAGCCCCGAAUGAAGAAUUUAACAAUGAAAUGGGUUAAUAGAAAAUAUAAUUACAUAUUUAAGUUUCAUAGAAUUGUUCCAAACAACACAUUAAAGAUUUUUCUAAAGUAUAUACUCUUUGCUUUCUGUCUUAAAUUUUCAUUUGUUGUUUUUCAAUAACGUGAAUUUAUUUAGUGGGAUGGUGAGUUUUUUAAAGUUAGGGGAUAUGCAGGGUUGCUCUUUUGUUAUAACCUUCUAAUUUCUGCCUUUGAUGCUUUAAUGCUAAAUAAGAUAUCAAUGACUGACUUCUAUCUUGCCCAUUAGCUUCAUUCUGAGUUUUAGAGGGUAUGUCUAUGGGAAGAACCAGGAAAAAGCAAUGGCUGUCUACCUGGAAACACAUAUCCAAGCCUCACCAGGUAUGUUUCGUUUCCCUUCGAGGCAUCUCUUGCCAUCAUUGCUUACAAUGAUUGGCAUCCUUUUUCUUAUCAAAGCAUUUCAAUUACACUUUCUAUACAAAAUAGGUGGUGAUGAAUCUGUAUUUGAUUUUUAUUUUAUAAGUGAGUUAAAUACUGGUAAUACCCACAACACCUCAUGCAUCCCCUUAAUAAGAAUGGGAGUACAGGCCAGUAAUUUCCCUCAUCUCUUCACAGACCAUAAAACAAAGUAUUUUUUUUUAUCAGCUAGGUUUUGUCUCAUGGAGUUAUGCCUAUCUGGAUUCUCUUCACUCUGUUUUUGUCAAGUCAAACAGGAAUACGAAUUAUCAUAGCUUAAGGGUAGUUUCAUAGGUUCUAAAAAACGAUUAAAUACAUUAUAUGCUAAAACUCAUUAAUAUCACACAUUUUUUGUUUUCUAGACAUGAAAACAAAAUGACCACUAAAUGGUAGCUCUUUAAAGAUUAUUUCUUAAUUUCUACUUUUGGGGAUUUAAAACAGUUAAUGUAAGAAAAGAACUUUAUAGGGGCGCCUGGGUGGCUUAGUCGAUUAAGCGUCCGACUUCGGCUCAGGUCAUGAUCUCACAGUUCGUGAGUUCAAGCCCCGCGUCGGGCUCUGUGCUGACAGCUCAGAGACUGGAGCCUGCUUCACAUUCUGUGUCUCCCUCUCUCUCUGCCCCUUCCCUGCUCAUGCUGUGUUUCUCUCUGUCGCAAAAAUAAGUAAACAUUAAAAAAAAAUUUUUAAAAAAAAGAAAACUUUAUACAUUUUUGCUACCAUUUUAGAAUAUUUCAUUAACUUUUGUGCUUUGCAAAUGGUAUUUUGUGUUAAACAUUUUUCAAACUUUAUAUAUUUUAUGUUAUACCUCAGAGCUAAAUAAAAUAUUGAUUUUUUCUUUGUUAUAUGUUACUAUAGUUUAUAUUAAAACAGUAAAGAUAUGAAAUUUCCAUAAUAGAAAAUACUCACAGUCUUCUAGUAUUGUCUAGGAUUCCAAGAGUAAAAGGUUUUUCCUGUACCUAUGGGACAGCAUAUUUAGUAAUCUUCCUAAUUGGGAUUGAAAAAAUGUUGAAUGGAAAAGUGUCAGAUUUAGCUGAGGACAUUCUUCCUAGGAUCCUUGGAGUGUUGAAUGAAAAUAAAGCUCAUGGCAACUAUAUCCUGUAAGAAAAUACAUUUUUUUUUUUGUCGUCUAUGCCUUUCACAACUGCAGAGCUCCAAACAUAGGUGGUUUUUCCUUUAUUUACUAUGCUUAUGUAAAACUGGUACAUUUCUGUUAUUUCAUUUUUUUCCUUCUUCAUAGUUUCUAGGUGGUAGCCAAGAAAGAAGAUGUGAUGCCAAGAUGUGGUGGAUACUAUUGAUAUCCUACCCAGAUCCUUUUUAAUGGGCCAGUGCAGGCAUCUCCCAGAUUCUGUGAGUGUUCCCAGAAUAGCAGUUCCCAACAAUCCACUUCUCCAGGGAAUUGCCCUCAACUGAAAGGAAGCCCUGGAUGUUAUGUUUCCCCUUCCCCAUACCAGUGACCAACUGGGGUGGAAAUAAAAAGGCUGGGCCCUUGUCUUAAGGUGGGCCACAUUUUUUGGUGUAGUUCAUGCUCAAGAGCUACAGAAGGGAUUAGGCUUGGCCAGACUCCAGUUGAGACCAAAUCUGUGUUUAGCUUUUCCCUCUAUUAUCCUGUCUCCCUUCCUCCCUUUCUGCUGAGAACAUUCCUUCAAUAUAUCAUACCCAAAUCUUAUUAGGCUUUGUCCCCAGUGAACUCAUCCUAAGACAUAGGUAUUACUGUGAUAAUAUAGAUGCAAGGUAAGGAUUAUUCUAGGUGAUUGUUAUCAAAAUUAAUACUUCUUUGAGGUUAAUAAUAACUCUGGGCCAGCAACACCUUGUCUCACUGUUUUAACAGGAACAUUGGGCUUAGAAGCAAUGCUCAAAGAAUUAGGUGGGGCAACUUGGAGAAGGGAACAUUUUAACAGAACCAAAAACAAUUUUGUUUAGCGAAACACAUUUAGGUGAUUAUGAUUAAUUAGAAAAUUAUCCAAGUCCUAUAUCUGUUUUUUAACUUCUUUGCUAUUCUUAGUUUUUUCCUCAGUUACAGAUAAAGGAAAGGAAGCAACUCUCAAAUUGCUUCUUAGGCUUACUCUUUAAAAAAUUUGGUACUGUAAGUGUUUCUGUAUUAAAUUUGCUGAAGACCCUUGACUUAAUGGAAUUCACAAUACAUUGAGAAGCUUAGAUUUAUAGACUUGAAAUAAAACAGGGAAAUAAGCAAAAUAGUAUCUGGUGUCUUCAGAGUUCUGUGUACUUUAAAAACUUAAAAAUGAGAUGUAUUUUGUGAUUGGUAAAAGCAAAUUUACUACGACUUAAGACAACUGUCUUACUCAAUCGUGUCCAAUAUAUUUUUAUUUCAAAUGCGUUAAGCCAAAUGAAAGAAGCUGUUAGAAAUGGGAAGGUAAAGUGUCUUAUGAAUGAUGUCUAAAAAGAACUGAAGUCACAUUAAUUGUUUAUUGUGUGCCCUGGGACAAAUCUGGUCUUCUACCAUGUUCCAUCAAACAGGGCUUUGCCACAAGCAGAUUCUCAGUCUUUGGGUGUCUGAGUUCUUUCAGGGGAUUGGUAUCAUCACCCAAGGUGGUAAUGAUCUUUCUUUCCAUGUUUCUUUUUUAAAAUCAAUCUAAAAGGUUAUUAAUUUUUUAAAAUACGAGUUUGAGAGUUUCCCAGUUGGUACCACAUGUUAGUGGAGACCAAUGUAUAUACUCAUGAGUCAAUCACUCAGUCAACCACCUUUAGCUGUGUUAUGGUUUUAACUAUAAUGCAAUUUAAAUUGCUCUUAUUCUUAGUCAUAAGUUGUUUAAUUUAUACUCAUAAGGGUUGCUUUGAGACCGCAGCAUAAGGUUUAUAAGUUACUGAAGUGCAUGAUCCUUCUGUAAAUUUGUCUGAAGGUGAUUUUUAUCACAUUUAAGAUCUAAUCAUUUUUUUUAAUGUAAUCCACCAAGAUGUCUCUAGUACCUUAAAAUAUGUUUAAAAAGAUAAAUUAUAGCGGCAGUUUUCUCUAACUUGGCUUUUCAUUUUUGUGAAGAAAAACUCCCCACCCUGUUAAUUAUAUAAGAAGUAUUUAAAAUUAGUACUUUGAAAAUUUUGCCAUUUAGAAACAAAACACAGUACUUAAAAAAAAAUCACUUGCCUUUUCUAGAUGCAAAAUGAAAGAAUUCUAAGUAUCAUAAAGCUCUUUUUGUGUAUUUUUGAUGCUAUAUCAUAGCCUCAUUUUAAUGUUUUAAAAUAAAUUUGAUCUUCAAAAUAAACUCUUUUCUUUUACACAAAGUAAAUAAACAGUGGGCAUCACUUAUUAAAUGGGAAAUAAGCAUUGCCAGUAUAUAUUUUGAUUACAAAUAUUAUAAAGAUUAUAGGAAGAGCCAGGUGGCUCACUUGGCUAAGCAUGCGACUCUUGGCUUCAGCUCAGGUCGUGAUUUCAUGGGUUCGUGAGUUUGAGCCCUGUAUCAGGCUCCAUGCUGACAGUGCAGAGCCUGCUUAGGAUUCUCUGUUUCUCCCUCUCCCUCUCUCUCUCUCUCUCUGCCCCUCUCCCACUCUCUGUCUCCAAAAAAUACAUAAACUUAAAACAGCUUUUAAAAAAGAUUGCAAGAAGAUGAAUUUUAUAAUGCUACCUUAAAUAAUAUAGCAAUCUAAAAUAAAAUGCCUUAUCUUUAAAGCUACAUUUCUACACAAACAUUUUUUUUUCUCACCUUGGCUUGUAGAUGCCCAAAUUAAUUACAAAAUUUCACAAUGAAAAAAUGAGAUAAUUAUUAAAAAUCCUACGGGAUUUGAAAGAUUAUACAUUACUGUGAAAGUGGUUUGUGGAUAUGAAAGAGAAAACAUUGGAUUAAUGGUUUCUAAGAUUUUGCUCAGCCCUGGAAUACUUGUCAAACUUACGAGAGUAAUUUUUAAAAAGAUAAUUCCUGCCCAUUCAUCAGGUUUUCCGGAUUUUGAUUUCUUUGUUAUAAUGCAAAAACGUAGCAGUAAUAAAUAUCAGUACCAUUUUCCUUAAGUUGUUAACAUGCAUUGCCAGGACUUAAGAAGGGAAACAAAACAGACUGGGAAGAUUUGGUACCCACUGUCUUGGAUAACCCUUUAUCAGAACCUUGCAAUCUCAGGGACAGUAGAAUGCCUACCUUGGAAACUAUGCAGUUAAACACAGAUUUUGAGGAUUGCUUAAUUUUUAAUUUUAUUUUUUAACAAUUUUAUUUUCAAAUUGAAAAAUUUUAUUAAAAACAAUGCAAACAUCUUAUGGAAAACACAAAACAAGAAGAGGAAAGUUUAUAAUCCUUUAUAACCAACAACAUUUUUUUUGGAUUUAUUUCAUAACAAGUCCCUUCCUAUAAUUGUAAUCAUAGUAUAUACACUAUUUUAUAUUAUGCUUUUAGUAUGAUCCUGAACACUUCCCACAUUGCUUUCCAGCCUUCAUUAUUUCCACUUUCAGUGGCUGCACAGUAGUUGAUAAAGUGGAGGCACCAUUUCUUUAUUGGAUAGUUAUAUCUGCAUUUUAAGUGGUUCCUCAAUGACGACUUGUUACUUUGCUUUGUUUUUGUAAAACUAAAUAUCCAAAAUUGGGGUUAUGUGUUAAAAAUAUCCCACAUUUAUAGGUUUGGAUGCAUAUUUCUACAUUGCUUUUGAAAGGGUUUUAUUGCCAGUUUUAAGCAUCACAGUUGAUGAGCACAUGCCCUCUCUACAAUAUGCAGUGUUAUCACUUACAUCUUUUUCUAAUUUGAAAGGUAAAAUAAAAGGGUAUCUUGCUUUAAUAUUAUCAAUUACAAAUGAAGGUAAUAGAUUUCUAUAAGUUUGUUCAGUAGCCACUUUCUUCGUGAAAUGUCUGUUAAUAUUUUUACCUGUUUACUUACUGGAAUAAUACUAUUUCUUUAUUUAUUAACUUGUAUGAACUGUUUAUAAAGAUAGUAAGUUUGCAUAUAUAUCCCAAAUUUUUGUUUAUAUUUAAAAAAUUUUGUCACAUAUUGAAAUGUUUCAUCUUUAUUCUUAAUAUCUGUUUUUUUCUUUUUGAUUUCUUUUAUUCCUGUUAAGAUCAGACAAGUUCCCUUCUGAUAUAGGCUGAAUUGUGUCCCACUUAAAUUCAUAUGUUGAAGUCCUAACUCCAAGUACCUCAGAAUGUAACUGUAUUUGGAAGUAGGACCUCUAAAGAGGUAAUUACCGUAAAAUGAGAUCAUUAGGAUGGGCCUUGAUUCAUCCAAUUUGACUGGUUUCCUUAUCAGAAGAGAUUAGGAUACAGACUUGCAAAGAGGGAAGACCUUGUGAAUCCAGGAGGAGAAGAUGGGCAUCACAAGCCAAGGUGAGAAGCCUUAGAAGAUUGGUUUGGUUCCCUGCUCACACUUUGAUCUUAUAUUUCUAGCCUGUGAGACCUGUGAGAAAAUAAAUUUCUGUUGUAUAAAGUCA